CUGGAAUUACAUACUCGUGUGUAUUUUUAUACAAUUUAUGAACUACAGUAUAAGGAUGGCAUCACUGUUGCUGCUGCAAUCAAUAUAAUAACAUUUAAGGGCUGUAAGUUAGCUAGACUGUAGCAGACGGACUCUACUGCCAGGACUGAACCCAGCCAUGAAUAGAACUCUGUGCACUUCAGUGCUGUUGACUAGUGCUUACAGAAUGUGUAUUUCAAAAGCCCCACGGCCCCAUUCCACUGGAUCCAUUGGCUGGGUAGUCCCUGUCUCCUCCAUGGCCCCCUCCCGGUCUUAUUCUACAAACAUCAAGGUUCGUUCCUACCUACAGUACAUGAAGCGGAAGAUCAAGCCCCCGCCAAGUCCUCCAUACCCCCAUGUCUGCCAGGUGGGUGACCCGGUGCUGCGAGCCCAGGCUGCAGUGGUGGACCCUGGGUCAGUACAGGGUCCGGAGGUUCAGGAGGUGAUCCACACCAUGGUGAAGGUGAUGCGGAAGUUUGAAUGUGUGGGACUGAGUGCGCCUCAAGUUGGAGUGCCACUUCGUAUCUUAGCUCUGGAGUUCCCAGAGCGCAUGUUGGAGGACAGCUUGCCUGCUGCACGUGAAGCCCGCGGUCUGACCACUGUGCCUCUGCGGAUCUUUAUCAACCCCCAGCUGCGAGUCCUAGAUGGACGCACAGUUCUAUUCCAGGAGGCCUGUGAAAGCAUCUCAGGGUUCUCGGCCACUGUUCCACGCUACCUCUCUGUGGAAGUCUCAGGCUUGAAUGAGAAGGCAGAGCCUGUGACCUGGCAGGUGGGCGGCUGGCCCGCACGCAUCCUACAGCAUGAGAUGGAUCACUUGGAUGGAGUCCUGUACAUUGACCGCAUGGACAGUAAAACCUUCAUUAACGUGAACUGGGCAGCAAAGAUCGAGUAGCCGUUUCAAACAAACCUAGUCACCCUGAUUGACCCACAGCACUUAAGGACACUUCUUAGACAUAACAUGGCAACAGAUAAGACCAUUCUGAAACCUUUCCUUUGACUGAUUAAACUGUAAAUUCUUUAUAAUAAGUAAUGUAUUUAUGAAGGCUGAUUUAUAGUCUGGAUGAAUAUUCAAUUCUCUUGCCAGUUGGUUAAUUUGUGUGGACAUUUUUAAAGGAACUGAAAUAUUGACUAAACUGUGGUGUCACUAGGUGGCUGACCACAGAGAACAUUUUGCUGAAUGUUGGAAGUAAAGAAAAAACUGGAAUAUCAACAUCUAAAAAGCACAGAACAAGAGACAUCUGUUCCCAUUUUAAAUCCCAUUUUAUUCAAAUAUCUUGCAGAAAACAGAACAUAAUGAAAACAAACACUUUGAACUCAAACCACAUUUGGCAGUAUUAUCUUAACUCUUGAGCUGCAACAUGUAAUCACUGGUUUCAGACUUAUAACAUAAGUGUAAGGCUCCAGAUCCCAACAGUCAAUGAGACUGGAUACAUUUAUAAUGGAAAACAAAGGCCACUUUCAGGGCAAUUUAAGGUCCUACCGAGAGCCCAAAAUAGAAAAAUAUACAAGAGUUUGGCACUUCACUUUUAAUCCCUGGGUGGGAUAAGGCUAAUUUAUAAAUUACAAAUUAAAGGCAACAUGUACAGUGCCUUAAAAGUA